AUGGAAAGAGCUCUGAAGUUGGGAAUGAGUCGCUCGUACUGCAAACAGAAACACGAGGUUGCCCCUGCCAGCAAAUUUCGCGGUAAAAUUGCUUUCACCUUGUCGGUUCAGGCGCCUGGGUGUCUUGAAGACUCGAAGGGCACAAUUGUCCUUCUGAUUGAUUAUGAGGACCGGAUCGAGUCAAUCAAGAAUUUUCUGAAAGAGAGAUGGCCGAGGCACUUUCAGGUGAUCGACAAUCAGUUGAAUUACGACCCCAAGGUGACAGGCUCUAUCAUGAUCCCCGUACACUUGAUCCCCCUGGACCGACUGGGUCUUGGGAAGGACUUCGACAGAGAAUGUGGGCUGAAGAACAUCGCCGAGGUUGGCAAGACGGCGCCGCGAAUUCCGGAGGACGCUAUCACGGAGCAAUUACGUACGGCAGUCAGCAGGUACGGGGUGACCUGGAGCGCGGAGCGCAUCACGGCGGAGCUUCAGGCGUCGGAUGUCCGACGUCCAGAAAAAUCCCAGGGAAGCCAAGGCCAGGAGUCCGGACUGGAUGAGACCCCUAGCUUGGAUAAUUCGGAGGACUCGCGGGAUGUGGCAGGACUUUGCUCGUGCCUCCCGUGGCUCGCGCGGCUGUGGCCGUGA